UACUAUUCAGUUUUGGCUCUCUGUUCAUCAUAUAAUACUAAUAGUUAGUUCCUUCAUAGUCGAAUCACAACAGCAUAGAAUAGCUAGCAUAUAAAUUCUUCUGAUCUUCAUUUCCUUUGCAUCUUUUGACUUUUCUUCUCUCUCUAUAAAAAUAAAGCUUCUCAUUUUUCUCUGUAAUUUUACACUAUAAACCAAACCAUGCAUUCCAAUCACUUACUUCUUGAAGAACCCAUUAGAAUGGCUUCCAUUUUGGAGCCUUCCAAAUCUAGUUUUUUUCCUGCAAUGACGAAGAUUGUUGGAACAUUGGGACCAAAAUCUCGAUCCGUUGAGGUUAUUUCAGGUUGUCUGAAAGCCGGAAUGUCUGUGGCAAGAUUUGACUUUUCGUUGGGUGAUGCGGACUAUCACCAGGAGACUUUGGAGAACUUGAAGGCUUCUAUUAAGACUACCAAGAAGCUCUGUGCGGUCAUGCUAGAUACUGCCGGUCCUGAGCUACAGGUUGUUAACAAAAGUGAGCAACCUAUUUCAUUAAAGGCAGAUGCAACUGUUACUCUUACUCCUGAUGAGGGACAGGAAGCAUCUUCUGAUGUGUUUCCAAUCAAUUUCGGCGGAUUAUCCAAGGCAGUGAAGAAGGGAGACACCAUUUUUAUUGGUCAAUACCUCUUCACAGGAAGUGAAACGACAUCUGUGUGGCUGGAGGUAGAUGAAGUGAAAGGGGAUGAUGUAGUUUGUGUGGUAAAGAACUCUGCCACAUUAACCGGGUCAUUGUUCACUCUACACGCUUCUCAGAUUCAUAUUGAUUUACCGACCCUCUCAGAUAAAGAUAAGGAGGUUAUUAGCACUUGGGGUGCCCAAAACAAAAUUGAUUUUCUUUCAUUAUCAUUUACCAGGCAUGCUGAGGAUGUGCGUGAGGCGCGUGAAUUCUUAUCUAAGCUGGGUGAUCUAGGCCAAACUCAGAUCUUCGCCAAAAUCGAAAGCGUCGAGGGGUUGACACAUUUUGAUGAGAUACUCCAAGAGGCUGAUGGCAUCAUCCUUUCGCGUGGAAACCUUGGUAUAGAUCUCCCACCAGAGAAGGUGUUCUUGUUCCAGAAGGCUGCUGUUCACAAGUGUAACAUGGCUGGGAAGCCUGCUGUGGUAACACGUGUUGUUGAUAGUAUGACUGACAAUCUUAGGCCAACUCGUGCUGAAGCAACAGAUGUAGCUAAUGCUGUCUUGGAUGGAACUGAUGCAAUUCUUCUUGGUGCUGAGACUCUACGUGGAUUAUACCCAAUUGAGACUAUUUCUACUGUUGGAAGAAUUUGUGCCGAGGCCGAGAAGGUUUUUAACCAAGAUCUAUAUUUCAAGAAGACGGUCAAAUUUGUUGGGGAGCCCAUGACGCACCUGGAAUCAAUUGCUUCCUCUGCGGUGCGGGCAGCGAUUAAGGUGAAAGCAUCAGUAAUUAUUUGUUUCACUUCAUCUGGAAGGGCAGCACGAUUGAUAGCCAAAUAUAGGCCAACAAUGCCAGUAUUGUCUGUUGUAAUUCCUCGACUCAAGACAAAUCAAUUGAAGUGGAGUUUCACCGGUGCAUUUGAGACCCAGGCAAGGCAGUCUCUUAUUGUUAGAGGUCUCUUCCCAAUGCUUGCUGAUCCUCGACAUCCUGCCGAGUCUACAAACGCAUCAAAUGAGUCGGUUCUGAAAGUUGCUCUUGAUCAUGGGAAGGCCUCAGGAGUUGUAAAGUCCCACGAUCGAGUGGUCAUUUGCCAGAAAGUUGGAGAUGCAUCAGUGGUUAAGAUUAUUGAGCUCGAAGAUUAAUGCGUUAGGCUUAAUUAUCCUCCUUUUUUGGAUGUGAUAUCUUAUUGUUGUAUGUUGGGCAAUUCUUGUUGAAAGAAAUUGCAGUAGUUGAAAACAUCAUAAUUAUUUUGGUGGUGGUUCUUCCCUAAUAUCAGGUAUAGGAGUCAUGUUCAUUUGUCCUCUCCCCUGUGUUAUGGAGAUGUUCAUGUUCUAUUUGGAGCUUAUUCUCCUGCAGAAACUUGAUUAAUGUUGAGAUAUUAGUAAUAAAUUUGUUGCAAGUGUGUUUUCAUUCA